AAAAAAAAAAAACUGGAAAGGAAAAGAGAAAUGUUGGUGGUUUGAGGCGAGAAGAAAAAGUGUGAAAUAGUCGUCUUGGAGAGUGGGCGAGUAAAUUCUCAGAGAAAUGGGGCAGGACUGCCAGGCAGCUCUCAAGGCCCACUUCAGAUGUGACAUCAUAUAUCUAAAGUGAGACCUGUUAAGAUGGUUGUGAGUUUUUCUCAAGCCACAUUCAGCUGCUUGGGUACAGGCAUGGGUGGAGAGGUGAGUAGGCACAGAGAUUUCACCAGCAGCAAGUUUUACCAGAAGAGUUCAGCUGAGAGUGUGAGGGAUAGAGAGAGGGUAAGAAAGGGUAUUGAAUGUGUGUGAAGGAGUCAUUAUAAAGGUGGACCAGGGACUCUAAUUAAAGAGAAGUUGAAAAGGAGGCUGGAUAGAGGAAAAAUGAUAGAAAUUUAGAUUAUGAGGAAAACUAUCAGGAACCAUUAAAACUAUCUGAGGACUUCCAUGUCUUUAUUUUGGAUUCUUGACAGGUUUUCUCUCCUCCUCUUGGGGCUGGAUCCGGAAGGAAUGGCACCCCUUCCUUCUCCUGGAGUGCCCUUGCCUGUACCCCCAAGACCAAGACCACAGCUUCACAAUGUAGCAGGGACUCCUGGCCAUCCCUCAAAAGUGACUGUUUCUGUGCUAGAAAAUGGAAAAAUAGCAAGGGCCAGAAGCGAACCAGAGUGUAGAGUGAGGCAGAACCAGUGAGUCAGAGUGAUGACAUGGCCUCCAUGCCAAGGCAGAAAGAAAAACAAGCAGACAGAUAUCCAGAGGAAAAGCCAAAGAAGUUGACCAGAAGGAUUAAGCUGUGGGACACUAAGGCCCACAUCACCUGCCACCUGUGUAGUGGGCACCUCAUUGAUGCAACCAGGGUGACCAAGUGUCUGCACACAUUCUGUAGGGGUUGCCUGGUAAAGUAUUUGCAAGAGAACAACACCUGCCCUGCAUGUAGGACCGUGAUGCAUCACACCCACUUACUGCAGUACGUCGGUGAUGAUGGCACCAUACAUGCGACUGUUCACAAAUCGGUAUCAGGUCUCCAAGCAGCAGAAAUGAAAACAGAGAGAGAAUUCUGUCACAAAUUGGGCAUGCAAGUGCCUGGACGGAUCAAGGGGGAGACUUGUUCCACAAAACAACACUUAGAUUUCCAUCAGAAUGGUGAAAUGAAAGCAGAAGACAGUUCAAACCAAGAGAUCAAAACAGAGAAGAAGGAAAAGAACAAUGAUUUUCACAGAAGCGAUGAGCAGGAAAGCAACAGCAGCAAGCUGUGGGGAUUGAAAAGGAAAUGCAUCUGCUGCACAGCCCAAGCAAUGGUCUGACAGCUAAAGAAGUUCACUGCCAAAAUCUUAACCUUUUGUCCUUCAAUGAGGUAACAGUCAAUCCGUAAAUAGAAACUCUAGCAAGUCAUUUCGUAGGUAAAAAUGACACUUCUAAAAUUCUUUGGGUUUUUUCUUUUUAUAUACAACUUUGUUUGGAGAUUUUAACCAGAAAAAAAUCUCAAUUUGUUUUGCCUGCCCUGCCAGGUAGUAUGAUAGGAAACAGCAGUGAGGACGUGAAAAGCCCAGAGACCAUGGACAUGAAUAACCCACCAUUAAUAGAAGAGAAAGUGGUGGAGAGGGUGUGGAGAGGAGGGUAGGUGAUGAAAUUGUUUUAAAAUAUGCUAAAGAUAUUCCUCACAAAAAAGAAUUCUGUUCUUUAAUUUCACAAAUGGAUGGGUAUGUAGGUGGGCUGAAGGAGGGAUGGGUGAAUGAAGGGGAGAGAGAGAGAGAGAGAAAUGCUUCCAAGUUGUGGUAAAUUCUGAGAAUAAAAUGAAACCUGGUGGCAUGCUGGGCUGGGUGGUGGAAGAGCGGCAUGAGCACAUGAGCUCAAAAUCACUGGGAGCUCACCUCAAGGUGGUGAUGUUUUGUGUGAAGAUGUAAAUUCUCAGCGGGAGACCAGCUCUGCACAGGUAAGAGAAGGCACUGGAGGGCCUUAGGUAGGGAUACAUGGUUUGGGGUAGGGUUUUAAAAUGUCCCUCAGGCUGUGUGGAAAAUGGGUUAUGGGGUAGAGAAAGGAAAGCAAGAGAGGUUGAUGGCGGGAGUCCCAGGAAAGAAGAACCACGGUGGUGCAGUGAAGGUGGAAAAGUGGACAGACUUGAGAUGUGUUUUGGAGACAGCAGUGGGUGGAACGGUGGCCCCCAAAGAGAUAAACCCACAUCUGGGCCCCUAGAACCUACAAAUGUGACCUCAUUUGGUAAAAGAAUCUUUGCAAGUACAAGUAAGUUAAAGAUUUGGGGAUGAAAUAGUCUUGGAUUAUCUUGGUGGACCUUAAGUACAAUGACAAAAAGUCCUUAUAAGAGUAAGGCGGAGGUCAGGCACUGUGGCUCACACCUGUAAUCCCAGCACUUUGGGAGGCCA